AUGUAUAGAAUCAAUCAAAAAAUUCUAAUAAAGAUAAUCAUGAAAAAAUAAUAAAUGCAGAAUAUAAAUUUUUAUUAAUAAUAUUUGAAAUCCAGGAUCACCUUUAAUAAGAGAGGAAAAUGGCAAUAAUAUGUUAAUUAUUAGAAAUUUGGUAGAGAUUUUAAAUUGGAAACUAACUAAAAAUAAAAUUAUUAUAAAAUUUUGUAAGGACGCUAUUAAUUGAAAUUAGAAUUAAUAAAAAGAAAACAAAGAUAUAAUAACUCAUUUAGACCUAAAAGCAAAGAAAAUAAUAGUUUAAUUAAUUAAUUAACGAAAGAAAUUCUUUAAAAAUAUUCUAAUAAUAUUGAUAUUUAAUUCAUGAAUUAGUAAAUUUGA